CUGAUGCCGCCGCCUCUGGACUGCCCCGACUUCGACCUGUCCCUGGGCGAGGAGGCGACGUGCGGCCCCUGUGCCCCGCAGCUGGGGAGCGGGGCUGAAGCGCGGGACCCCCCGACGUGCCCGGAGCCCCCCGAGCCGUGCUGGCGGGACACGGCGGAGCGGCACCAGCGGGUGCUGGGCGAGGCUCUGGAGGAGAACAGCCAGCUGCAGGAGACCUUGGCGCAGAGGCAGGAGGAGCUGGCGACCCUGCGGGAGAGCAACGUGCAGCUGAAGGAGCUGGCGAGCCAGGCCCGGCAGCUGGCCGCCGUCCUCGACGUGAGUGCUGCCGCCGCGGGGCACGGGGGACGGGGUCGGGGCCGUGCGGGGGGCGUCGGGGCCACGCAGGGGAGCGGCGGUGGGGCGCAGCCCCCCGAAGCCCCGCCCGAGGGGGCGGCGGGGGUGGGCCCGAUGCUGCGCUCCGUGUCGGAGCGGUGCCGUGCCGCGCUGCGCAGCCUGGCGGGCAGCCCCCCGGCCAAGCGGCCCCGCCUGCACGGUGCCUUCCGCGGGCUGCGCACGGGCCGCGCCGCUCCGCGCCCCGGCGGCGGGGGACUGCCGGGGGGCGGAAGCCUGCGGGCGGCCCUCGGGGAGGAAGGCGGCAUCCGCACGCUGGCCUUCCCGCAGGGAAACGCCUUCACCCUGCGCACCGCCGCCGGAGGGUACCGCUUCCGAUGGGUGCCGCGGUGA